CUCCAUAGCAGAUGGUACAUCUGGACCUGCCUAGACCUGCUGGAGGAUGCAAGUGACCUGUUGGACACCGACUGGACCUGGUGAGGUGAAGGCCAAUGCUCGUUCAUAUGCAGCUGGCAAGGAGGGAAAUAACAUUCAUCCCAGAUUUGAUGAUAAUGAAAAUACAGAAAAAAGAAAAGCAGCCACCGAGCUUGAAAGUGCUGAGCCGCUCACCAAUGUCGGAUGCCUCGGAUGCCUGGGAGUGCAAGGCACAGGACCACUUUGCCAGCGAUGAGAAGGAGGAUGAGGUGCCCCAUCAGGUGACGGCCACGGACGUGGACAGUCAGUGCCAGUGCCCGGAAGAGGAGCCUGAUGGGGCUCCCCAGAAGCGGACAGCAGCCCAGAACGGGAUGCAGGACAGUGGGGGUGGGGGCACAGGGGUGAAGAAGAAACGGAAGAAAAAGGAGCUGGGAGAACAGGAAGGGGGAGAAAAAGCAGCUGUGGAGAAGGAGGUAAAACCAAAGAGGAGGAGAGAGCCUAAAGAACCAAAAGAGCCUAAAAAGGUCAAGGAGCCCAAGAAGCCGAAAGAGCCCAAGCAGAAGGAGGUGGCCAAAAAGCCCCGGAAACCCCGGGAACCGAAAACCCCCAAGGAGCCUAAAGACAAGAAGAGCAGCUCUGAGCCUUCCCCCAGAGCAAGACCCAAGAAAAGCAGCAAGGAGCAGGGGCCCACACCCGUGGAGAGGAAGAAGAAAGGGAAGAGGAAAAAUGAGAUCCCGGUGGAGAGUUUGGAGUUGGAUCAAGAUCUCCUGAGCCCGUCUGUGCAGAGCCCGGAGGAGUCUGCUGAGUCGGCUGACAGCCAGAAACGCCGCUCAGGACGCCAGGUAAAGAGGAGGAAGUACAACGAGGACCUGGAUUUCAAGGUGGUAGAUGAUGAUGGCGAAACAAUAGCUGUGCUGGGAGCUGGGCGAACUUCUGCGCUCUCCGCCUCCACUCUGGCAUGGCAGGCAGAGGAGCCUCCCGAGGAUGAUGCCAAUAUCAUUGAGAAGAUCCUUGCCUCCAGGAUGGUGCAGAAGGAGGCUCACCCCGGAGGCCUAGCGUAUGAGAUGGAGGAGUUCUACGUCAAGUACAGGAACUUCUCCUACCUUCACUGUAAGUGGGCAACUCUGGAGGAGCUGGAGAAGGACCCCAGGAUCUCUCAGAAGAUAAAGCGUUUCCGGAACAAGCAAGCUCAGAUGAAGCAUAUUUUUACAGAGCCUGAUGAGGAUUUGUUCAACCCAGACUAUGUGGAGGUGGAUCGAAUCCUGGAGGUGGCUCACACAAAGGACCCUGACACCGGAGAGGAGGUGACUCACUACCUGGUGAAGUGGUGCUCUCUGCCCUACGAGGAGAGCACCUGGGAGCUGGAGGAGGAUGUCGACCCAGGGAAGAUUAAAGAGUUUGAAGCCCUCCAAAUCCCUCCAGAAAUCAAGCACAUGGAGCGCCCGGCAUCUGAGUCUUGGCAGAAACUGGAGAAGUCCCGGGAAUAUAAGAACAGUAAUCAGCUGCGGGAGUAUCAGCUGGAGGGAAUGAACUGGCUGCUUUUUAACUGGUAUAACAGGAAGAACUGCAUCCUGGCUGAUGAGAUGGGGCUGGGGAAGACAAUCCAGUCAAUCACCUUCCUCUCAGAAAUCUUCCUAAUGGGCAUUCAUGGCCCCUUCCUCAUCAUUGCACCCCUCUCCACCAUCACCAAUUGGGAGAGGGAGUUCCGCACCUGGACGGAGAUGAAUGCAAUCGUGUACCACGGCAGCCAGAUCAGCCGGCAGAUGAUCCAGCAGUAUGAGAUGGUGUACAGGGACACACAGGGUAACCCUCUCCCCGGGAUCUUCAAGUUCCAGGUGGUUAUCACCACCUUUGAGAUGAUCCUUGCCGAUUGCCCAGAGCUGAAGAAGAUCCAGUGGCGCUGUGUGGUCAUUGAUGAGGCACAUCGCCUGAAGAACAGGAACUGCAAGCUGCUGGAGGGGCUGAAGCUCAUGGCCCUGGAGCAUAAGGUGCUGCUGACAGGGACCCCCCUGCAGAACUCCGUGGAGGAGCUCUUCAGCCUCCUGAAUUUCCUGGAGCCACAGCAGUUCCCAUCAGAGACGGCCUUCCUGGAGGAGUUUGGGGACCUGAAGACAGAGGAACAGGUGAAGAAGCUGCAGUCCAUCCUGAAGCCCAUGAUGCUGCGACGUUUGAAGGAUGAUGUGGAGAAGAAUCUGGCACCCAAGCAGGAGACCAUCAUUGAGGUGGAGCUGACCAAUAUACAGAAGAAAUACUACAGGGCUAUUCUGGAGAAGAACUUCUCCUUCCUGUCCAAGGGCGCCAACCAGCACAAUAUGCCCAACCUCAUCAACACCAUGAUGGAGCUGCGGAAGUGUUGCAAUCACCCAUAUCUCAUCAAUGGAGCAGAGGAGAAGAUCCUGGAAGACUUCCGUAAAGCGCACAGCCCAGAGGCACCAGACUUCCAGCUUCAGGCAAUGAUCCAGGCAGCCGGGAAGCUGGUGCUAAUUGAUAAACUGCUUCCCAAGCUGAUAGCAGGUGGGCACAAGGUGCUCAUCUUCUCCCAGAUGGUGCGCUGCCUGGACAUCCUGGAAGACUAUCUCAUUCAGAGGCGAUACACCUAUGAGCGAAUUGAUGGGCGAGUGCGCGGGAACCUGCGCCAAGCCGCCAUUGACCGCUUUUGCAAGCCCGAUUCGGAUCGCUUUGUCUUUCUCCUCUGCACCCGGGCGGGUGGGCUGGGCAUCAACCUUACCGCUGCCGACACCUGCAUCAUCUUUGAUUCAGACUGGAACCCACAGAAUGACCUCCAGGCUCAAGCUCGCUGCCACCGGAUCGGGCAGAGCAAGGCAGUGAAAGUCUAUCGCCUCAUCACCAGGAAUUCCUAUGAGCGUGAAAUGUUUGACAAGGCCAGUCUGAAGCUGGGCCUGGAUAAGGCUGUGCUGCAGGACAUCAACCGCAAGGGCAGCACCAACGGGGUUCAGCAGCUCUCAAAGAUGGAGGUGGAGGACCUGCUGCGGAAGGGUGCCUACGGCGCUCUUAUGGACGAGGAGGACGAAGGAUCCAAGUUCUGUGAGGAAGACAUUGAUCAGAUCCUCCAGCGCAGAACACAGACCAUCACGAUCCAGUCUGAGGGGAAGGGGUCCACCUUUGCUAAGGCCAGCUUUGUAGCAUCAGGAAACAGAACUGACAUUUCCUUAGAUGACCCCAACUUCUGGCAGAAGUGGGCGAAGAUAGCAGAGCUUGACACAGAUGCCAAGAACGAAAAGGAGAGCUUAGUCAUUGACAGGCCCAGGGUGCGGAAGCAAACCAAACACUACAACUCCUUUGAGGAGGACGAGCUGAUGGAGUUCUCCGAGCUGGACAGUGAUUCCGACGAGCGGCCCACACGCUCGCGGCGCUUCAACGAGAAGACACGGCGGUACCUGCGGGCUGAGUGCUUCCGUGUGGAGAAAAACCUGCUCAUAUUUGGCUGGGGACGCUGGAAAGAUAUCCUGACCCACGGCCGGUUCAAGUGGCAUCUGAAUGAGAAGGACAUGGAGAUGAUUUGUCGGGCCUUGUUGGUCUAUUGCGUCAAACACUACAAAGGGGAUGAGAAGAUUAAGAGUUUUAUCUGGGAUCUCAUCACGCCGACAAAGGAUGGCCAGAACCAAGCUCUGCAGAAUCACUCAGGUUUGUCAGCACCGGUGCCCAGGGGCAGGAAGGGGAAGAAGACAAAGAACCAGAUGCUGCUCCCAGAGAUAAAGAACGCGGACUGGCUUGCUACAUGCAACCCUGAGAUAGUCCUGCAUGAUGACAGCUACAAGAAGCACCUCAAACAGCACUGCAACAAGGUUCUGCUGCGCGUGCGAAUGCUCUACUACCUGAAGGCUGAAGUGCUGGGGGAGGCCGCUGACAAAGCCUUCGAGGGGACCCCUGCCAGAGAGCUGGAUGUGCUGCUGCCAGACAUCGACUAUGUGGAGAUCCCAGUGGACUGGUGGAAUGCUGAAGCUGAUAAAUCCCUUCUCAUCGGUGUUUUCAAACAUGGUUAUGAGAGGUACAACGCCAUGCGGGCAGACCCAGCGCUGUGCUUCCUGGAGAAGGUGGGCAUGCCAGAUGAGAAGCUGCUGUCUGCAGAGCAGGGUGUCAGUGAUGGGGCCCAGGACGCUACUGAAAGGGGGAGCAUGGAAAAGGAGGAGAACGGUGGAGAAAAACUGGAGGGGCUGCCGAAGCAGGAGGACAUCGUGGCUGCUGGGGUGGGUGAAGCCAGUGAGAAGCAGGAUGAGCCAGUGGCAGCCCAGGAUGGCUCCGACUCAGACAGAUCCUGCUGGCCUGUCUCAUCUGCCCUCACAGCCAGACUGCGGAGGCUUGUCACCGUCUACCAGCGCUGCAACCGCAAAGAGCUGCCUCCCCGUGCCGAGAUGCUGGUGCCCGGUAACCAUGGAUACUGGCUGCAGGACGAGAUGUUCAGGAGAGCCUCUGAGCUGGACUCAGCAAACAAAGAAAUGCAGAAAAGGUGGACCAGGAGGGAACAGGCAGAUUUCUACCGCACUGUCUCCUCCUUUGGGGUCAUCUAUGACCAGGAGAAGAAGAUCUUUGAUUGGGCCCAGUUCCGAGCCAUCUCUCGAUUGGAGAAGAAGACAGAUGAGAGCCUAGAAAAGUACUUCUACAGCUUUGUGGCCAUGUGCAAGAAUGUCUGCGGUCUGCCACUGUGGAAGGAGGAUGGUUCCCCAGAUCCUGACAUCUACGUGGAGCCCAUCACCGAGGAACGUGCUGCCAGAACCCUGUACCGUAUCGAGCUUCUACGGAAGGUGCGCGAGCAGGUGCUCAAGUGUCCACAGCUCCACGAGCGACUCAAGCUGUGCCGGCCAAGCCUCUAUCUGCCGGUGUGGUGGGAGUGCGGCAAACAUGAUCGGGACUUGCUAAUUGGCACCGCUAAGCAUGGUCUGAAUCGCACCGACUACUUCAUCAUGAAUGACCCACAGCUGUCUUUUUUAGAUGCAUACAGGAACUAUGCCCAGCAUAAAAGAACAGGGAUCCCAGGUCCAGAAACCCUGUGCUGCCUUUACCAGACUAACUCCAAACUCUACAGUUCCCCUCUGUAUAGCCAGGUGGACCGGCCUUGCGAAUCCCUGGAGAAUGAAGCUGAGAGUCAGAUCAAGCUAGAAAACAUAGACAACACCAUGUCCCAAGCUGGGGGCAGUCCACUGGAUGCAAGCUGUGAAACAUUCAUGUCUAAAGUCCGGGACAUCAUUUCCAGUAACUACGAUGAGAGCUCUCUCCCAGACUCGUUGAUGUGUAUGAUGUACGACGAAAAGGCCUGUAACAGUGAGCAAAGCUCCCUUGCCCGAGACAGCCCAAGUUGCACAGAUGUUGGAAACAGUGUUGCUAAACUCUCUGAGAGCAAACUAGAGGGGGACGAGGAUCCAUCCAACUGUGAUGCAGAGGUCAUGAGAGAGACUUCCUUCUUAGAGAGUUUGCAGGUGGACUGUGAACGAAUAGACGGUCAGAAUGAAGAAGCUGAGCCUUCACCUUCUACCCCAGAAAGUGACCCCUCAAGGAGUGUCCCAGCAGAGCUCUGUGAAGCCUUGCAGCAGAAGGGAAACCUCACCAGCCGUGGGGCAGUGCUGCCUGAACACAGUAGCAUGGAAGGUGUCAUCAGCGUGGGGCUGUACAGUCCCAGUCUUCAUAACUAUGAAAUAAAGGUUCCCCCAGAACAGAGGUUCAUUAAUUUGCUGCAGGAGAAAGGCAUGGAAGCAAAAUCAGGGCCGAGUCAGAGCCACAGCGAGGAAGAUGAGGAGGAGGAGGAAGAGGAUGAUAACUCUGAGACAGCAGCAGAUGUCGUGGAGGACUUGAGUGGUCCAAGGACCAGGGCCAUUUGUGAUCCCGGGGCUAAUGAACUGAGAGGCGAGGAGCAGAGCUCUGGCCUCCCCACACCUGAGGAGGACACUUGCCCAGAAGAUGCGAAUGGCGAGAGAGAGUCCCUGGGGCCAGGGAUACUUGAGGGGCCUGGGGAGCCUGGUCCCGGGGGCAGGGAGGACCAUGAUCCAGAUGAGGAGAGCGCCUCGCAGCACUCACCAGGCCAGCCUCAGAGCCAGGCCUUCAGCCUGCCUGCACCUCCACUGGGGCCCCUGGAAGCAGAGCACCCCCGUGCUGGGGGGGAAGCCUGGGACCAAGGGGCUGAGGGGCAGGCAGGCUGCAGAGAGGCCCUGCACCCUGAGCCCCAGGGAGCGAAGCAAGAACAAUGUGAGAACAGAGAUGAGGAGGAGAAAGCCGGCAGUGGCCAGAGUCAAGAUGGUACAGAGAAAUAUCUGGAGGAAGAGAGCAAGAGUUCUACAUCUGUCCUGCCUGGGGAGAUCGAUGACCUUCAGGAUGCUCGGGCACCAACCAUAGCCCAGCUGCUGCAGGAGAAGACACUUUACUCCUUCUCUGAGUGGCCUAAGGACCGUGUGAUCAUCAACCGCAUUGACAACAUCUGCCAUGCCAUUCUGAAGGGCAAGUGGCCUUCUUCUAGCCAGCAGUUUGAGACGCAAAGCCUGAUGACCACCUCAGCAGUUGCCAGCAGUGCCGGCAGUAGGAACAGCUUUGCUGAGUCAGAAGCUCCGGAUCCCAACUUUAACAAUGGAGUGUUAAUCUCACAGGUACAAAAGGACGGUUUCCUGGCCCCUGCCUUUGUGAAGGAUGAACGGAAGCACAGGAGGCCGUAUGAAUUCGAGCUGGAGAGAGAUUCCAAACAGAGGAGCUUGGAGCAUUUAGCAGCAACCCAUGCUCAUCCACCGAUUGUGCUGAAUGGCUGGCGUGACUCAGCUGUGGACCUGUCCAGAGCCUCUGAUGGGUCCCCAGGAAAUUCCUCCCCUUUUCCCUUGAACACAAACAUGCCCAAGCUGGGGACUGUGAACACCCUCCAGGGCUCCCUGGGCAUGGACUUGUCUGGCAUCCUUCAGGCAGGGUUGAUCCAUCCUGUCACUGGACAGAUUGUCAAUGGCAGCCUCCGAAGAGAUGAUGCUGCCAUGAGGAGAAGACGGGGCAGAAGAAAAAAUGUAGAAGGGAUGGACCUCAUCUUCUUGAAGGAGAGGCCGCUUCCAAGUAGGCUACAGGAUGUUCAGGAGGACCAGACUCAGCCUCCCCAGAACAGUCCCCUCCCAGAUGGGCCGGUUGCUGCUACCUCAACUCCACAGCCAGUCCCAGCUGCGGUCAGCCAAGCAGAGAAGGCUGUCCCGAAUAAGAGUCUCCUAGACUGGCUCCGUCAGCAAUCCGACUACACACUCGACGUUCCCAGCUUUGGCACAAAUUUUUCAGACAAGCCCAAACAGAGGAGGCAACGCUGCAAGGACCCCAGCAAAUUGGACGUUAACUCACUCACAGGAGAGGAGCGUGUGCCUGUGGUACAUAAGGGUACCGGACGGAGGGGAUACUUACCAGAAAAUAAAUUCAAUCGUAUCCUCACUGAGCCUGUGCUCCGAGAUGCAGGGCCCCGUCGGAGGGGGAGAAGGCCCAGAAGUGAACUCAUUAAAGCCCCUGGUGUUAUAGCAGAUUCUUCUUCUGGUAUGGGACCAUUAUUCAUGAAUGGACUGAUUGCUGGAAUGGAUCUAGUAGGACUUCAGAACAUGAGAAACAUGCAAGGUAUCCCUCUAACGGGGCUGGUUGGGUUUCCUGCUGGAUUUGCAGCAGUGCCUGCUGGUGAGGAUGUGAAAAGCACCCUAAGUAUGUUGCCUAUGAUGCUGCCAGGCAUGGCUACCGUACCACAGAUGUUUGGUGUUGGAGGACUUCUCAACCCACCAAUGACAACUACUUGUACUGCAACUGCUCCAACUUCAUUAACAAGCACAACUAAAAGUGGUACAUCAAAUACAGAAAAAGCUACUGAGGAUAAACAGAGUAGCCAGGAUGUGAAAAAAGAAACUCUCUCUGAAGACAAGCCUGGUCCUAGUUCGUUUUCUAAUCAGACAGAAUCUGCAAUAACUACCAGUAGUCCUGUAGCUUUUAACCCGUUUCUUAUCCCAGGAAUGUCACCUGGACUGAUCUAUCCAUCAAUGUUUCUUUCCCCUGGCAUUGGCAUGGCAUUGCCAGGCAUACAGCAAACCAGACAUUGUGAGGCAGCAAACCUAGAAAGCCAGAAGCGUAAGAGAAAGAAAGCUAAAGGGGAAUCAGCAAAUCCGGAACCAGAAACUGUCUUGCUGUCUGAAAAGGAAGCUGCAAGCAGUCAAAACUGUACAGAGCAAACACCACCUUUGUCAACAGAGAAACAGCAGGAUGUACCAGCAGAGGAGGAGUUAAAAGAAGUUAAUGAUACCAAUUAGAACUUUUGUUUCAUUGAACAGAUUGUGGCUUGUAAGGUUCUUAUCCCAUAACUAUUUGUUACUUACCCUCCCGCCCCCACUUCACCUUCAUAAACCUGUGUUUCCAUGAGUAAUAUUAUCUACCUAAUUCCCUGUAAGAAAACUAUGGUGACAUAUUAUAUGUUAAUAGUUGCAGGGUCUUGCCACUUUAUUAGAUAAACAGUGUUGUCUAGCUAGUAUGGGAGGCACAGAAUUUGCGUUCUGUUAUCCGGUUGUUCAUCCCAGCCAGCAAUAGCAAAUCCAGUACUUGGUCACCCCCAAAACUGCUCACUUAUGUGAGAAGAAAAAGAAGCAAAAACAGGGCAAAAGAAAAGUCUUUACCUCUUGAUCUAAAUGCAGACAAGGGUAUUUCUUUCUACAGUGACACUGAAUGAAAAAGCCUGUACUUGGGGGUAAAAAGCACAGCUAUAGUAAGUGCUAAUGUGUAUUUUUGAUUUAAAGUAUUUCCCUAUUUUAUCAUGGUUACUAGAAUAGUAGUAUAGACAGAAGUAUAUAAUUAAUGAUUGAAAAUGCAUAUAUUCAUUUCUUUGAAACAAAAAGACAUAACUGGUAGUGAUAUAAUUUCUUUACCACCCCCACCUCAAACUUUUGGAGACAAACUACAGUGAGUGAAAAUAUUACGUAGCCAUUAUUUUGUAUUUUUUAAAACCAAAGUUUGGUUUUAUGUUAAGUGGAGUUUUAGUUGCCCUUUCCUUGGUAGUUACAAGAACUUUUCAGCUUGAGCUGAAAAUGUUUUGCACAUCUUGCAUGACUUUUAUUGGGAUUACUGUACCUAGAGCUACCAGUUUCUUCAUCAUUCUGCUAGUAUUCAGUUCUCAUCUAUGGCGUUAGUUCUCAUCUAUGGCAUUAGAAGUGCUGUAAAGUUAUUUUUUCCAGACAUGAACAGGCCACACUGAUUUUAAUGCUCUUAUAUGAACACUGAGGCUUUUUGAGUUUUUAUACUUUACAAUCCCUACCCCGGAAGCAAUGUCUUUUCAGAAGACAAGGAAAAAAGCUGUAGGCCAGCUUUACUAUUUUGAGAGUCCUUUAAGAAGGACUGUUGAGAUUUUCAAAGCUUGAGUUUAUUCUUCUUUUCUAGUGUUAGACUGUGAAGAGAUCACCUUGGCUUCUUCUUUCCAUUCCUCUCUGGUCUAUUUGCUGUUGAGCAGUAUUUUCAAGCACCCCCAUUGGCAAAUCGUUUUGAUGUAUGCGUUUUAAAUGGACAGGUCUUUAAUGCAAACGGUCCCCGUGCCCCCCACCCCAAAACUCUGUGUAUUGAGACACCUCCACAGGCAACUCUCUUAUUUCUUCUUCCCCUCGCUUGUCGUUUAAUUUUUCUUUCACUUGGGCUUGUUCUUAUUUGCAGCUCAUGGUUUGAGACUUGAAGUAAACACACGUGGUGCAGCGGCGAAACGGCAGUCUGUUGAGGGAGUCGGAAGUGUGCUAGUAAUCAGUUUCACAUUUGGUUGUCACAAUUUACUGUAUUUUUUACUUAUUUUCUGUUACAGUUUUGCUAAUUUAUCAGAUGGUCCAAAUGUUUUGACAUAACUAUUUCAGUUUGCAUUAUUUAUUUAUGAUGCUUUUUGUCAUUGUCUUUUAUACAUCUGGGAUUAUAAAUUAUGUACAUGUUAAAAUUAGCAUCUCAAAGAAGUCUGUUACCCAUGAUCUAAAAAGCAUUUGAGUUUAUAUUUUCAUGGAAUUUAUUCCCAGUUUACUGGAUUGGAUUUUUUUUUUUUUUUAAAGUAUGUAACCAAUCAUAACGCACCCCCCCGGUAAUUAAAUGUGUUCUAUUUAAUAACAUUCUUGUAGCAUAGAUACUGUAUCACUGUCGACAGAUUUCUUAGAAAUGCUGCUAUCUCUAUUUAACUAACAUUUUAUUCAGUUUUGCCUCCAGUGGAAGCAGAAAGGGUUUUUUCAGCUGUUAAAUCCAAAAUCAAUAUAAUUUAUUUAUGUAAAAAAAAAAAAAUCACAUGAUUGAUAUAUUUUUGAACCUUUUAAGUACUAACUUUCUUUUUAUUCAGUAGAAGAACAUGUACUUGCCCUAAAUCCUUAAAAUACAAAUGCUAUAAAACUUCAUAUAUCUUCCAAGCCUUACUGUGAAUGGAUAUAGAAAUCUCUGUCCAGAGUCCAUUUCUUGUAUGGGAUGGUUUUUCCAGGGUUACACUCAUAAGGAACAGGGUUUAAAGUGAAAUUUAUUUAAUUAGCCAGCAUGCUCUAUACCUUGUUCUUACUUGUCAGACAUGUAUGUUAAGUCUCUGGGUGUUUAGGCUUCUCUUUGACUGCUAUUUUGUGACCCUUUUGCAAUCUGAUAUACUCUGUGGAUUAUUUAGACUGUAAGGCAUAAGUGGCUUCUUAUUAUUUUCCAUCAUAUCCAAAACAAAUGCCAAAUUUUCACCCGUUUUCAUGGAUUCUCACACAAACAUACAUACUUCACCAAAUGUGCUAACAAAAUAAACUGUCUGUGCUCUUGAACAUGGAUAAAAAGAAAAGGA